AUGAAUACAUAUACUUCUAGUGAGAAUCUUCACGCAAAUGACCAAUUUGAAGAUAAUUUUAACCAAAAUUUGACCUUUAUUGUGCGUUCUAAAGAGAAAAUUAAAGCAAAAAUGAUGGAGACAGCUAUAAUUUCAGGGAAAUCUAAACAUCUCCACACAAAAUCAAAAGAGAGAGUAAAAUCUCCUUAUGACCCGACAAAAUUUUAUAAAAAACCUAAAAUUUCGCAUUUAUUGAAGAUCCCGUGCCCAAGCUGAGAAACUGAUUCAAAAGAAACAAUAAAAAAUAAUGAUAACCAGGCUAUAUUAAAACUCCCAAGGUGCGAUAUUGUUAAAGAAUUCAUCGAAAGCCCAAGAAAAAAAGAAAAAGCUCGAUACAAAUAUUACAAUAAUUUCCAAAAAAUAUCAUUAUAUGAAACAGAAAAUAAAAUUCCUUACGAAAGAGUAAAAACAAGCUACCAUAUGAAAAGAAAAAAUAAAAGCUCUGAUUUCGAAGAAGUCCAGAUGGUUCGGAGCUUUAAAAGCCCUAAAAAACAAAAGCUUGAGACACCUCUGUUACAAAAGAGAAGAUUAUCAAACAAAGACGAUGAAUUAUUUAUAGAAUUUACUAACCUUACAGAAGGAAAAUAAUUUUUUUUUAAAAAGAAAAUGUAAUAGGCAUUUCAUGCACCAGGAAUUGGCCUACUAGAUGCAAUCAGACUGAUUGUGACCAGUAAAAUAAGUUUACUGUAUCACAAAAAGGUCCAAGGCCUAUGUAAUUUUUUUACAAAAUGUUUUAUUAGAAACUCAAGAGACUAAGUACAUACAAAAACAAAAAGCAAUUUUCAAAAAUAAACUGACAGAUUUGCCAUCCCCAGUUAAAAAUAGCCCUCCAAGUCCAGACUACCACAAAGAAGACAAAUUAUGGACUUUUAACCUCAACCCUUCAGCAGCUUCAAUUUUCAUCGAAACACCCUAUAAUUAA